AAUACUGCCGUGAUCACCGAUUUUAAAUAUACAUGACGUUACUAAAAAAAUAAAAUAUUUAUUUUUAUAAUAUUUGUCAGUAUGGCUUCAGCUCCAUCUUUAGAAUGGAAAUCUUUAAAUCUAUCAGACCCAGUAUUAAAAACCAUCGAAGAACACUUUAAGUUUAAAUGCAUGACACCAAUACAGGUUGAAUCUAUAAAGAAUUUUUUAGAAAAAAAAAAAGAUGUUGCUGCAGAAGCUGUCACAGGUAGUGGGAAAACAUUGGCUUUUCUAGUACCAAUGUUGGAAUUAAUUUUAAAACGUAGUGAUCCUUUAAAAAAACAUGAAGUAGGAGGUCUAAUUAUAUCUCCAACUCGAGAAUUAGCUACUCAAACUAGUCAUGUUUUGUCUGAAUUUUUGAAUAAUAUUGAAGGCAUAACACAAAUGUUAACUUUGGGUGGUAAUCCAAUUGAAACUGAUGUUAAAACAUUUAAUAAAAAUGGUGCAAAUAUUAUAGUAGCUACUCCUGGGCGAUUGGAAGAUUUGUUAACCAGGAAAAUACCAAAUUUUCAUCUGCAUAAAUCAUUAAAAUCAUUAGAAAUGUUGAUAUUAGAUGAAGCUGAUAAAUUAUUAGAAUUAGGUUUCGAAAAAUCUAUAAAUACUGUUUUACAAUAUUUACCUACACAAAGGAGAACUGGAUUAUUUUCAGCUACUCAAACUAAACAAGUAGCAUUGUUAGUUAAAGCUGGACUCAGAAAUCCUAUUAUGGUCAUAGUCAAGGAAAAACAUUGUUUGAACCCAAAAAGCAAUCAAGUUGAAUCUAUAUCUACACCUUUAGCCUUACAAAAUUAUUAUACUAUAUGUGAAGCUGAUAAAAAAUUAGCAUUUUUAGUGACAUUUUUAAAAAAAAAUGGUUUAAAUUCAAAGUAUAUGUUAUUUUUAUCAACAUGUGCCUGUGUUGAAUACUUUUCAAUUAUCUUAAAAAAUUUGAUUCCUGAAAUUAAUUUAUUCAGUUUACAUGGAAAAAUGAAUAAUAAACGUUACAAAAUAUUUGAACUAUUUUAUAAAGCAGAGAAAGGUAUUUUGCUAUGUACUGAUGUAAUGGCUCGUGGUGUUGAUAUACCUGAAGUAAAUUGGGUAAUUCAAUAUGACCCCCCUAGUAACGCUUCUUCUUUUGUACAUCGUGCUGGUCGAACAGCUCGAGUUGGUAAAAAUGGAUCAUCAUUAGUUAUUUUGAUGCCAAAUGAAGAUGCCUAUGUACAUUUUAUUUAUUCAAAUCAGAAGGUAAUUUUAGAAUUGAUACCUGAAUUAGAGAUUAACAAUUUAGAUCAAGUUGUAGCAAAAGUUAGAAAGUGUCAACUCAAAGAUAGAACAGUAUUUGAUAAAGCUAACAAAGCAUUUGUAUCUUAUAUUCAAGCAUAUUCAAAACAUGAAUGUCAUUUAUUAUUACGUAUAAAAGAUUUGGAAUUUGGUAAACUUGCAACUAGUUUUGGUCUAUUACGACUUCCAAAGAUGCCAGAAUUAAAAAAUAAAGUUAUAAAUAAUUUUAUUCCAGUUGAAAUUGAUUUCAAUUCUAUUAAAUACCAAAAUAAUGAAAGAGAAGAAUCACGCCAGAAAAAAUUAAAAAAUUACUUAGAAACUGGAAUUUGGCCAGGACAAAUUAAAAAUAAGAAAGGAUUAAAACAAACAGUUGCAUGGGCUGAUGCAAAACAGAAAAAACUUGAAAAAAGAGAAAAACGUAAAAAGAAAAAAGAACUUCGUAAACAAAUGGAAUUAGAAGGAAAAGCCAAGGAAAAAAAGAAACGAGAACAAACUUUUAGUGAAGCAGAAUUGAAUGAUUUAGCUAAAGAUAUUGCUUUAAUGAAAAAAUUAAAAUCCAAAAAGAUAUCUAAAGAACAAUUUGAUAUGGAAUUUGGAGAAGUAUAAAAUUUAAACUACUGUUAUAUUUUAUAAUAUGACUGUCAAUAAAACUGUUAUUUAUUAUAAAUAAA